AAUGGAGCCUGGCGGGUAAUACUAGUACUAAUUUAAUUUCUUCCCUUUUUCCUGGCAAGAAAUUUCCCUCUAACCGUCUUUCUGCUCCAUAUUUUUUUCUCUCCUUUUCUCCCCGUGAGAUCAUCAGGCAUUGCCAAUUCUCCGCUCUUCCACAUGAACUCCAGCUAAUUCCCUCCCUUUGCAUCUGGUUCAAUUGCUCUGUUGCCGCCGCCAUGUACGACUUCUCCGCUGGCUCCGAGUCCGUACGCGUCGGGUUGCCGCCCGCGUCGCUCUUCCGACUGCCUCCUCACAGAGCCCCCGACGCCCUUCCUCCUCCCCAGCUCGCGGAACCGACGUGGUACCAGCCGUUCAAUAUCUCAGCGUCAGUGUACGGGAAGGCCCUGGAUUGGCGUGUCCCAAUUGCCAUCGCCUCCGUCUAUGCCACCACCGUCGUUCUUCUGAAUCGUGUCAACGCCCGUCGUGGAUUCAAGCCGUAUGCGUUCAGCAAGACCAAGGCAUUCAAGUUCUUCGUCAUUGUCCACAAUGUCUUCCUUGCAAUCUACUCCACAUGGACGUUCGUGGGCAUGCUGCGUGCUUUCCGUGCCUCGUGGCCCCGCCAGGAUGAACCCCACGGCCUGACGGCUGUCGUAGAUACCAUGUGCAGGUUCAAUGGCCCUCAUGGCUAUGGCAAUGCUGCCAUGUACAACCCAGAGACCCUCCAAUGGACAAACGCAAACCCCGCCUUGUUGGCUGAAGGCGCCGCUCCGUCCGACGAGUCUGGGCGCAUGUGGAAUGAGGGUCUCGCGUAUCUCGGCUGGCUGUUUUACCUGUCCAAGUUCUACGAAGUUCUGGACACUGCCAUUAUCCUUGCUAAGGGCAAGAAGAGUUCCACCCUGCAGACUUACCAUCAUGCUGGUGCUAUGAUGUGCAUGUGGUCUGGUAUCCGGUACAUGGCUUCUCCCAUUUGGAUCUUCACGCAGGUCAACUCAGGGAUCCAUGCUUUGAUGUAUACCUACUAUACCCUCAGUGCCUUGAACUUCCGUGUCCCGACUUCGAUCAAACGUAGCUUGACCACCAUGCAGAUCUUGCAGUUUGUCUUCGGAUCGAUGUUGGCUGCCUCGUACUUGUUCGUUUACUACACGAUCCCCUUUCCUCGCGAACUUCAAAGCCUGUCUGGUGCUGCUCAUAUCGCUUCGUCAGCGGUCGAGACUGGCGUUGCCACCGCCUCUGCAGGUAAACUGUUUUCCGGUCUGAAACAGAUCGCUCUUCGUGCCGUGGGAUCAACAGUGACCAAGACCGUCAAUGCACAACAGCCCUUGGGAGCAGGUGCCCUCAAUGCUGUUGCAGAGGCUCUGCCCGUUGAUGUUGAUUACCGCAUGUUCACCUGUCUUGAUACCACCGGCCAGGCCUUUGGCGUCUGGCUCAACGUGAUGUACCUGCUGCCUUUGACCUACCUUUUCGUCCAGUUCUUCAUUCGUUCUUACCUCUACCGGAAAGAUCCUGGCACUCAUCUUCCAACUCCGAUCCAUGCGGCGGAGAAGGCGGGAAUGGACGCCAUAAAGGGAGUUAGCCGCGAGAUGCACAAAACUGUCAGCGACAUGGGCGAUCAGAGGAACGGCCGGGCAUGAAGACCGAAGUAAUUCCUCUUCAGUCUUUUUCUGAUCGAUCACCGACCGCUGAAGUGGAGUAUUAGUAACCCGCAAGACCCAUUUCACCAUGUGUCGGAUGAUACCAUGCAUUCGUUCGCUGCCUUUGGAUACGUGUCCCAUCGGCCUAAUUGGCCUUCCGUCCCGUCAUGGAACGUUCGUUGUUAAACGCAAACAGGGGGCCCAUUCUUUUCCUCGCCUAUUAGAUAGAUUAACAUCUGCCACAUCACGCAUGCAGAUAUACAUCCUUCCGAAGAUUUCUUGGCUACGACUCUGACAGUUGUUGGAUACCAACAAAGUCCACAAUUCAAACUUGGGAAAUAAACGAAUUCUUUCCAAUAGAAAGAAGCCCCCCUUCCCCCCGUUGUCAUCUGCCUACCUGCCUGAGACUCGACUGAUGCUCUAUGGUUUUUCUUCCCCUUUUCUUUCAUUCUGUCAAUUUCAGGCGAAACCUUUUUAAUUUCUUUUUCCAGCAUUGUUGCUAUUGCUCGCUUUCCUGGCGAUGUAUCAAAUAAUAUGUACAGCAGGUAUGCAUCAGUCAGCUGGCGCACAAGGGUGGUGUGACAAAAGCGGGAGGGUUAUAAUACUGGCUAUAUACGGGGAUAGGCAAAUUGACUGGAUUUGGGUAUUGUUCUUCUCUAUUGAAAAUGAUAGUAAUUAGUACUCUGGCUGCAAAAGAUCGUGGAAGGGUGACUGCCCUAAUUGCUGCUAGGGCUAGGGCUAAGGCGGUAGCCACCAAGUCUUCUGACUGGUUGAUAGGUCUAUCGAGGUUCACCGCCUUUGAUAUAUGAUAUGGCAUCAAUUGAGGUCAUUCUCUCUAUGCCCCAGGUUAGGUAGAGAAUAGAAAAGAUCUACAGAGAC